AUGUUCCUUACUCCCGCGUCAACCCAGACUCAGCUUAAUCUAUCUGACUGGCGACACUUGCGCAGCUUCCACCCCGGCUCGCGUGUUCCGAGAUCAGUGAUAUCUGCGUCCCGUCCGCCAGUCACAGCAGGUCUCAGCCGUUGGAACUCGACUCGUCGUCCCAUUGCGAAUCCCUCUAGGGCUGGGCUUUCCAGCGUGCAGGGCUUGGAGGGGACAGGUCCAGGGACGCCCCUGGACCCCGAGCUACCGGGACGAACACGCGUCUUGGAUAUAGCAUGGGCCCACAUAUAUCAACCGGCCGCUGACCUCACAUUUAUCUGCCGUACAUCCGUGACGGCAACCAGCUGUCGCAUUCGAAUCGACACUGUGACAGCGCUGGAAUUCAGCUUGAACGGCCACGACGGGGCGCUCCUACUCAUCUCAUUUGAUUCGAAACUCGUUGAUCAGCUCGUACUCGAAGCGAUGAGCCUUUCAUUUUGGUUCGACCUGCUAUUCCAGGCAAACGCCAAGAAAAGGACAUUAGCGCCAACGAUCGCUGCUUACCUCAAUUACUUCAUGCUCAUGGGUCUUGCCAGUGGGAUGACUGACUCGUACUUCAUGGCUGGCCAGCAAAAGAAAGCUCUUUGGCGCAACAAUAUUUUAUCAAAAUCGAAGCAUCUUGAUGUCCAAGGCUGA